AUGAGGGAUACACUUCCAUGUCAACAGAAGAAGGAAGAUGUGAACAUAUGGGCCAUCUUAAAGUCAUGCAUAGGGAAGGAUCUGACAAAAAUCACCAUGCCAAUCCAGUUCAACGAGCCUUUAAGUUUUCUUCAACGGAUGGCUGAAUCCCUAGAGUAUUCCUACCUCCUGGCUGACGCUGAUGAAGAAGAUGACCCAAUUGCUCGAAUGGAGAAUGUGGCAGCAUUUGCCAUCAGUGCUGGAGCAUAUAACUGGGAUCGAAUGAUGAAGCCCUUUAAUCCUCUGUUGGGGGAAACAUAUGAACUUCAAAGGGAUGGAUUCAAAUUGGUGGCAGAACAGGUGUCCCAUCACCCACCAAUCUCAGCCUUUCAUGCAGAACAUAAGAACUAUAUCUUCUCGGGUUCCAUGCUUCCCAAGAUGAAAUUCUAUGGGAAGUCUGUGGAAAUCAUACCCAAGGGCGUCAUGACUGUUGUGCUCUCCAGGCACGGGGAAGCCUACACGUGGUCCAAUGUUCCAUGCUGUGUUCAUAAUGUCAUUGUGGGGAAAUUAUGGAUUGAGCAGUAUGGCACCAUGGAAAUUACUUGCCAUAGGACCGGUUACAAGGCGCAAAUCACUUUUAAACCAUCUGGGUGGUUCUCACGAGAUGUCCACAAGAUUGAAGGUUUCAUCCUUGAUCAAAAGUGUGUUUAGAGGACUACCAUAUGCAUUUAUCUUCUCAGGAAAACAUUUUGUAAAUCACAUGCACUCAGCUACAUUGCAACCUAAUGAUCAGUCAGAUCAUAACUUAGGAUCAGAGUGACUAUUUUUGAGUCAGACUAGUUUGAGGC